AUGGCUAUUGAGUGGCAGAAAGGCUGGAGUGACUCCCUGCGGCCGAUGGACAGACAUGGAAGUGUAAAGGUCAGAGGACGGAGGCCCUCUCAGCUCCCAAUAGACAAACCACAAAAUUCCCAGGAGCCUUUGCAACAACCUGGGUCGGUUCGCAAGAGUCACAGGAGGAAAGGUACGUUAGUGUGCAGCAGUAAUGGGACCGGCAGCAGCUCCAUCUACUCUGUUGCCAUGGUGGCGAUCCCCGACUGCGUUGACAACGGCACGCAGACGGACAUCAGCUUCCAGAACAUUGUACCGCAGGGGAAGAGCAGAGGCCACCACCACCACCGGGGAGGCGGCUUCUCCUCCCCUCCACCCCCUCCACCCUCCCCUCCAGCCCCUCACCUCAGGGCACCGUAUGGGAUCAAUGAGUUCUGUGUGUUUGAGUACAACGACCCCGAUGACUACUUUGACGUCUCCAACCACGAGGUGGACAGACAGGACGACCUGGAGUAUGAGGAGGUGGAGCUGUACAAAUCCAGCCAGCAGGAGAAGCUGGGUCUGACAGUCUGCUACAGGACGGACGACGAGGAGGAUCUUGGGAUUUAUGUUGGAGAGGUUAAUCCAAACAGCAUAGCGGCCAAGAAUGGACGCAUCAGAGAGGGCGACAGAAUCCUACAGAUUAACGGAGUGGAUAUUCAGAACCGAGAGGAAGCAGUGGCCAUUUUGACCAGAGAGGACAGCAUCAACUUCUCCCUGCUGCUGGCCAGGCCUGAUAUAGAGAAUGAUAACCCUGUUCUUCCAGAGGAGGAAAUGGAGCUGACUCUGGAAGGAGGAGGCUUACACCAAAACCCUCGAGCCUCCUCCUGCUCCGUCAAAUCCACCCACCCCUCUGGCUAUUAUCGCCUCUGCCGGGGGGUAGGAGGAGGCCUGGCCUGCCCAGGGGGAGCAGGAGGUAGAGAAGGUGCAGGGGGUGAUGUGGACGUGGAGGACGAAGAGGAUGAGGAUGGGGAGAGAGGAGAGAAGGAGGACAGAGACCCACCUGUACCACUCCCUCCUCUGCUGAGCCUGGCUCCUCUUCUGUCCAACAGCCAGGAACUGGACAGCGGAGUGGGCCGGACUGACGACAGCACCCGCUACGAGGAGUCGUCCGAACACGACCUGCUGGGUGAUCAGACCAGUGCCUGUAACACCAACACCACCAACACACCUGGCAGCACAAGGAAGUUCAGACCGGGACCCAGCCCCAGGCCAAGUCCGAGACCCAGUCCUGGCCUCGGACCCAGCCCAGGGCAGGGCCGAGGAGACACAAUCCCUCCUUUCCUCCACCUGCGAGACCUUCAGCUCAGCUCCGACUCCCUCCCUGGCCUGGACUGGGCAGCUGGGGGAGGAACAGGAGGAGCAGCAUACAGCCCCCAUCACCACCACCACCAUAAGCUCUACCACCACCACCAUCACUUUCAGCCCCCUCUGACUAUGAUGAUGCCAGGCCUGACGGAGGAGGAGUGCCAGCGAUAUCAGGAGCUGCUGGAGAUCAAGUGCCAGUACGAAAAACGUAACGAAAAACAGCAAAGAGAAGCAGUGAAAAAUGAUUGUGAGGAUAUCGGAGCAGAGCUGAAAGUCCAGCAAGGGAGAGAAGAGGCAGAGAAGGAAACUUCUUCUUCUGUGGUGGACGUGAACUGCAAUGCGACUUUAAGUGAGCAUGAGAUGGCGCUGAUUGAGGAGGAGUUGCGCCACCUGGAGUUCAAGUGUCGCAACAUUCUUCGAGCACAGAAGAUGCAGCAGCUCAGAGAGAGAUGUCUGAAAGCCUGGAUGAUGGAGGAGGAGACGGUGGCAGCCGGAGCGGGGAGACCAGGCACUCCUGAAGCAGGUAUGGAUAAUGAUAAUGAGGACAACGGUGAUAACGAUCCUCAUCGCCACGAGUUGUCGGCCAUCAACGAGCUCCCGGAGCGAGAACGAUCGGACGACAAAGACAGCACCAGCGCCUACAACACCGGAGGGGAGAGCUGCCGGAGCACACCAUUGGUCAGCACCGAGCAGAUCCCGCAUCCCCAGGAAGAGGAAGAUGAAGAAGGGAGACGACUAUUGUCUCCGCCUCCUCUUCUCCCCCUCGGUCGCCUCCCACCACUGAACUCCCCCCUCACCCCCCGGCGUCACAGGCGGGACCGAGACAGAGAGAGACGCCAUUCGAACCUCAGCUGCUCUUUCUCCCCGAGCACUUACAGGAAGUACGAAACAGCCAAUGGCAAUGUGACGCAUGGCUCAAGUUCCACCCCCUCUACACCCUCCAAGUUCAGUUCUCUGACUAGAGAGGCGGGGUCAUCUUCAAGAAGAGGCGUGGCUGAUGGAGGGCGGGGCUCCAGAGCAGGUGGCACCAUCGACAGGCCUGGAGGUGGAAGUGCUGAGUCCAGUCCCUAUUUCACCAGAAGACACCACAGCCACAACAAACCUUUAGAGCGCUACCAGAGCUGCAUGACCCUGCCCUCCGAGGGCCUGGUGGACCCACUGGACCGAGUGAGGGCCGAGGGAGAGGAGAGAGGGAUGGGCACAGGCAGCAGUGGCCCAGCUAGCCCCAGGAGUGUGAACAGUGCCCCCUGUGGCCUGGAGGACCAAUAUACAGGCGCCUCACGGUUAGGACUGGCUUUACCUCUCAGCCUGACGCACUCAUCACCAACUGCCUCACCACAACGAAUGGAGUGGAAGGUCAAGAUCCGGAGCGACGGCACUCGCUACGUGGCCAAGCGGCCGGUCAGGGAUCGUCUUCUGAAGGCCAGAGCCAUAAAGAUCAGAGAGGAACGCAGCGGCAUGACGACCGACGACGACGCUGCCAGUGAGAUGAAACAGGGCCGAUACUGGAGCAAAGAGGAGAGGAAGCAGCAGCUGCUGAGAGCCAGAGAAUACCGACGAAGAAGAGAGUUCAUGAUGCAGAGCCGUCUGGAAUACCUCAAAGGAGACAGGGACGGUUCAUCAGCAGGAGGAGCUGAAGACCUCGGUUCAUCCCAGGCGGCCCAGCUUCCCUCCCGACAUGACUCUCCCAGCAACAACAUCCUUUUACUGAGCCAGAAGAAGAUCAUGAAGAAGAGGAAUCGACGCAUCCUCGACAACUGGAUCACCAUCCAGGAGCUGCUGGCUCACGGCUCAAGGUCGCCGGACGGAAAGAAAAUAUACAACCCUCUGCUCUCUGUGACCACGGUGUGACCUGAAGACAGAGAGGACGAAGAAGAGGAGGAAAGGAAAUAAUACUAACUUGGAAUUAUAAUAUCAAAGCUUGAGCUUUCUUUGAGCUGGAGGGAAAAUAGAAACCUGUUGAAAAUAUAAUAGAAGGCAAAAGUGGAUGAAAAGAGGAGAGAUUUAAAACUUUAAACAUUUUUGUGUAGAGAAAGAUCUGCUUAAAACUCUCCCCCGAACUGUUGUUGAUAGUGAAAGCAAGUGGAAUGACAAAGGGGAGAAAAAGGAGAAUAAAAGUUUAUGGAGGAUGGAGUAUAAGGACAAAGUGCACCAGGAGACGCCUGAAAUGUCACAGAACAGGUCGGAAAAAAUGUACAGAAGACUUUGAAGGAGGACUCAACAUAGAACAAGUGGUAAUAGUCUCCAAAGAAAUCAGGAAUUACCCUGAGGUGUGAAGGCCCUGUCACACAUGGCAGAAACGUAUGCUGGCAUAUAUGAAAAUUUGAGUUCAAAUACAUCCAACUUUUCAUCGGAUCGGAAAAGUGAACAUAUACAGAUGCGCAUGUCUAA